AGCAUGACCACUUUACUACUAGCGUUUGUAUGUUUGCCUGUCAUCGCUGCAGCCACCUCUGUGGAAAUUUUAGUAGAUCACAGUGGCACACUCAGUGUGAGCAUACCUUUAAGUGCUCCUCUGCGGGUUUCCCUGGGAAGAACUUUGACCAUUCCCUGCUACUUUAUCGACACUUUGGGGCCGGUCACCACAGCUCCCAACACCCCACCAGUGUCCCCAAGGAUCAAAUGGAGCAAACUAUCAGAAGGCAAAGAAGUUAGCCUUCUAGUGGCCAUGGACGGGCAGGUCCGGAUCAAUAGUGCCUACAAGGAGUCUAUCUCUCUACCCAAUUAUCCUUCCAUACCAACUGAUGCUACUCUGGAAAUCAAGACACUCCGAUCCAAUGACACUGGGAUCUACCGCUGUGAAGUCAUUCAUGGUAUCGAGGAUAGCCAGGACACUGUGGAGGUGAAAGUUAAAGGGAUCGUGUUCCAUUACAGAGCCAUCUCUACUCGCUACACGUUGAACUUUGAGAAGGCAAAGCAGGCAUGCAUCCAGAACAGCGCAGUGAUUGCAACUCCUGAACAGCUCCAGGCUGCCUAUGAUGAUGGCUUUGACCAAUGCGAUGCUGGCUGGUUGUCUGAUCAAACUGUCAGAUACCCAAUGCACCACCCUCGGGAAGGUUGUUAUGGUGACAAGGAUGACUUUCCUGGAGUGAGAACAUAUGGUGUUCGAGAUACAGAUGAGACCUAUGAUGUCUAUUGUUAUGCACAGGAAAUGGAAGGCAAAGUCUUCUAUGCCACCUCGCCUGAGAAGUUCACCUUUUCAGAAGCAGCAGAGAAAUGCCAUAGUCUCGGGGCACGUUUGGCAACCACAGGAGAGUUAUAUCUGGCCUGGAAGGAUGGGAUGGACGUUUGCAGUGCUGGCUGGCUGGCAGACCGCAGUGUCCGGUAUCCCAUCAACAAACCAAGUCCCAUCUGUGGUGGCAACCUGGUGGGCGUACGUACGGUGUAUCUUUACGUCAAUCAGACUGGGUAUCCUUACCCUCAUUCCCGCUACGAUGCCAUUUGCUACACUGAUGUUGGCAUUCAUGUCAUCCAUGACAAUGUUACAGAGGGCUCUCUUGAAGGGUUGGGCAGUGGCUUCACCGUCCAGACAUUUACUCAGACAGAUAUUGAGCUGGAGCUUCCACGCAACACUACCGAAGAAGAAGCCCGAGGAAGCAUUGCAACCUUGGAACCCAUCGACUUUACUACCGCCACCUUAGAGGUGGAUGAAGCCAUCACAGAAACUCCAGAUCUCUUUCCAACAGGUUUCACGGGUGAAACGGAGAACAGGACUGAGAUUGGGAUCUGGGAGGACUUAGAAAACGGUACUAUGUCAACCCUGGAUACUCUCUUCCCCACCGAUAUCCCAGAAACGACAUCGGAGGAAUAUAGUUCAUGGUCUACUGCCACAACUGAAUCUGAGUCAGCCUCACCAUUUACAGUAGAAGAGCAAAUCGUGCCAGGGACAGCGGCUUCUCCUGUUGAUCAAGUCCCUCAGAAACCCACUUCUCCCACAGGUGUUGUUUUUCAUUACCGGCCAUCCACCAACAGAUAUUCCCUGACUUUUGUUGAAGCUCAGCAAGCUUGCCUAAACAAUCACGCUGUUAUUGCUACUCCAGAACAACUACAGGCUGCCUAUGAAGAAGGGUAUGAGCAGUGUGAUGCUGGCUGGCUGAACGACCAGACAGUCAGGUAUCCCAUUGUCGUUCCACGCAGCAAAUGUUCAGGAGACAAAGAGAACUCCCCUGGAGUGAGGUCGUAUGGUAUGCGCCCAGCAUCAGAAAAGUUUGAUGUCUACUGUUAUAUUGAAAGACUGAAAGGUGAGGUCUUCUUUGCAACUCAGACAGCACAAUUCACCUUCUUGGAAGCCCAAAGAUACUGUGAGAGUCAAAAUGCGACCAUGGCUUCCACUGGACAACUCUACGCUGCCUGGAAACUAGGCCAAGAUAACUGUCAGGCAAGCUGGUUGGCUGAUGGAAGCCUCCGAUAUCCGAUUGUUCAUCCCCGCCCUACCUGUGGUGGAGACAAGCCCGGUGUGAGAACGAUUUACUUGUACUCCAAUCAGACAGGAUUCCCUGACCCACAAUCGAAGCAUCAUGUCUUUUGCUUCAGAGGUGAGUCCACCAGCUGAGAGUCAAUCAACCAUUCUCCCCACUGAUGCCAUACCUGAUGAAACAAGUUCAGAAGCUCCAAUCACAGAGACAUCUGCUUCUGGUUGGACUUCUGGAGCCCCAGAGAUAACCGGAACGGUCGAACCUAGUGAAACGCCUUCAGGAUUUGGAGACUUCCCCUCUGGAGUCCCUGAAAUAAGUGGGCUGCCUUCUGGAGAAAGUGGGCUACCCUCAGGAGACCAAAGUGGCCUAUCUUCUGGGGUUAUUGAAGUCAGCACCUUACCUUCUGGAGAAGAAGAAGUGAUUAGUUCAGGAAUCCAAGAACCUGGGCUCCAGGAAGGCAAAGGGAUCCCAGAAUUUAGUGGGUCGCCUUCUGGAUUUAGUGGAGACCAUUCUGGUACUGAUCCCAGUGGCUCACCCUCUGGAGAGUAUGAUUAUAGUGGUCUCACAUCUGCAUUUCCUACUGUGUCCCUGGUGAAUGCCACUUUGACGGAAGUUGUGACCACAGCAACAGAAAGGGAAAUGGAAGGGAAAGGGACAAUUGGGGUUAGUGGAGAUGGAGAUGUAUCAGGCUUCCCCUCUGUUGACUGGGAUGUUAGUGGCACAACCAGUGGAUUGCCCUCUGGAGCUGAUGCCAAUGGGACCACUGACCUCAGUGGGUUUUCUUCGGGAACUGAUAUCAGUGGGGAACCAUCCAGCACACCUGAUAUCGGUGAAUUACCAUCAGGACUUGACUUCAAUGGAACAUCUAUUGGGACACCUGAUCUAAGUGGCGAUGUCGAAUUAAGUGGCCAGCCUUCAGGUAUUGAUGGGAGUGGUGAGCCUUCAGGUGUUACCUUCAUUGAUACUAAAUUAUUUGAAGUGACAACUCCUUCAUCUAAAGAAGAAGAAGGGAAAGGAUUUGUAGAAAUAAGUGGAUUACCUUCAGGAGAGGAAGAUCUAUCAGGCACUACACCAGGAAUUUUAGAUGUCAGUGGUCAGCCUUCUUCUGGACAAGUGGACUUCAGUGGGUGGGCUUCAGGAGUUACUGAAGUCAGUGGACUUCCUAGUGGACUAACAGACAUUAGUGGAGAAAGCUCUGGCAUUGAACUUGUCAGUGGCAUUUCAUCUGGAACAUAUGAUUAUAGUGGUCUCACAUCAGGGUUUCCUACAGUUUCCCUUGUGGAUACAACUUUGGUGGAAGUCGUAACACAGCCCUCUGUUGCACAAGAAUUAGGAGAAGGGACAUCCGGGAUAUUAGAAAUAAGUGGGCUUCCUUCAGGACAGGAGGAAACAUCUGGAGCAUUGUAUGAUGUGACAACAUCUAGUGGAGUAUCAUCUGAGAAAGUUGACUUCAGCGGGACUUCCUCUGGCAUUCCAUAUUUUGGUAGAGAAAUUGAUGAUCUCACUGAUGUAAGUGGAGCAUCUUCAACCACAGCCAGUGCUAGUGGUGAUGUCUCUGGAAUCCCAGAAAUUAUCUUAAUAACUGAUUCCAUAGAAACAGUGACAAGACCAACAGUUCAACAGCAACUGAUUGGACAAACAGAGUCUUUCCAUUUUCAUGAACCCAGUGUGGAAGCCUCCGCAUCUGGGGCAGAAGUUUCUACCUAUCCUGAAAGUACCAUAUCACCCCCAGAAUAUCAUGAAAUCAGUAGCAAGGCAUCCACAUUUCAUGAAACUAGUGUAGAAACUCCUUUGUUUAAUGAAACAAGGGAUGAAACAUCAGUCUUAUCAAAAAGCCACCUAGAAACUUCAACCCAUUAUGAACCAGGUGGAGAAACAUCUUCAUUAUCUGAAAGCUACUCAGAAACAUCUGGGGCACCAUUCAUCAGUGGCUUACCCUCUGGGACUUAUGAUGAAAGGACUCAGUUUAAUGGAGACAGUUCAGGUCCAGCACCUGAGGCAGUGUUAGACACAUCAGAGAAAGUCUUUUUGACAGAUGCCCUACUUAGUACCAGCAGUCCAGGUGUUGAACUAACUCAACAUUCAAAGCUUCUAACAGAGACUCAGGCUGAGACAGAGACCAGUACAUAUCCAACUGCAGAGUUGGAAACAAUAGAUGCUGCUGCUCCAGUGAUUCCACUACCAUCACCAACUGCUACUCCUCUCCUUCCUAACGUUUCAUCGGAGAUGACUGAUGGGAUACAGCUUAUGACACAAGCUACCCCUAAGACUUGUGAGGAGAAACUAUGUGGAAGUGGGACCUGCCAUGAACAAGAAGGAAACAUCACCUGUUUAUGCCCAACUGGAUUUAUGGGUGAUUACUGUGAGAUAGACAUUGAUGAGUGCCACUCCAACCCCUGUCUGAAUGGAGCGACCUGUGUCGAUGGCAUCCACACUUUCACAUGCUUAUGCCUUCCCAGCUACGGAGGGAGCCGCUGUGACAUUGAUCUGGCAGAAUGUGAAACAGGCUGGACUAAAUUUCAAGGUAACUGCUACAAGCAUUUUGAAGAGAAACUCACUUGGAUGGAGGCGGAGAAACUAUGCCGAAAACAUCAAUCCCACCUGAGCAGUAUCAUCACACCUGAAGAGCAAGAAUUUGUGAACAGCAAUGCACAGAACUAUCAGUGGGUUGGGCUGAGUGACCGAGCUGUAGAAGAUGACUUCCGCUGGUCUGAUGGACAUUCUCUGCUCAAUAUUAUCCUAUUUACUUUCGUGUGGCAAGAUCAGAUUAAAAAACCAGCACCAGUUGCCUGUGGAGACCCUCCCGCAGUUGAGAAUGCCAGGCACUUUGGCAAGAAGAAAGACCGCUAUGAGAUCAACGCUAUGGUGCGCUACCAGUGCAGCCAGGGUUACCUACAGCGCCAUGUGCCCAUCAUCCGAUGCCAAUCAAAUGGGCAGUGGGAAGAGCCUCGGAUAGCCUGCAUAGACCGUACCCGCAAUCGGAUGAUUCAUUCUAACAUUCAAGCUGCUCGACUCAACCUCUCGCCACAUGGGGAAACGCUCUUGACAGUAGCUUGA